GCUAUGAGUAAAAGAAAUGAAGAAAAUCUGACAUGAUUAUCGAUCUCAUUCUAAUGACAAAACAAAUGUCAUUCCAAUCAGUGAUUCUCGCAAUUUUUUAUAAAUAUAGAACUCGCCGUCGUAAGGUUCGUGAUCAACCGUGCUCCCGGGCCGGAUCGCGUGUGAAUUUUAACUGACUGAAAAUUCUCUUCGAAAAGUGCAGGCGAAAGUUAAACGACAGGAUGACCUCGGAUGCUGUCGACUUGGAUGACGAUAAUGCUUUCUGCGAGAAGAUUAUCAACGAGAUUCAUGCAGUGUUUCUCAAAGAUUCAGAACUAACGGGAUUCGAAAUCAUUCCGAUGCCAUCCAAUACAAACAAGUCGCCUGUGGUUCACCUGGAGCACAAUCUGGGAUUGCAGUCUUGGUGCAUCAAAUAUAUUUACAAGUACUCACAUCGUCUGAUUUUGCACCACAAGGCCGAAUGCUCAAAACUCUUGCUGGGAACCAGUCCCGUAUCGGGUGGAUUGUUCACAAACAGCACCACCGGUAGUUCGUUGCUGCAGAUUUCCGGUAACACUGGUAACAACUCAAUCAUCAAGUACCUGAAUUGUGCCAUUCUCGUCAAUCCCGAUGUGGCAACGUUUUGGAAUUUGCGCCGGCAACUGUUUGCCAAGAAUCGACUCGAUAUUACUAAAGAGUUCCAGUUUGCUGCGGUGGUGUUGAGUAAAAAACCAAAGUCGAACGAAGCCUUUGCUUAUCGGCGCUGGUUGUAUCUAUUUCAGAGCUUUGACGCCAUCGAUUGGUCGUUCGAGAUAGGGCUGUGUGAGAAGUGUGCGGACAAGAGCACCACCAACUAUCACGCCUGGUGUCACCGCCAAUGGGUCGUAAUGAAGGCGCCGCACCUGCUGAAGUUCGAAAUCUACAAAACGGAGAAGUUUAUCCGCAAGCACAUCCACGACUACAGCUGCUACAAUCAUCGUCAGUUCGUGCUAACUAAAAUGCUCGAGGGAACUUACUUUGAUGAAGACGACGAUCACGAUUUCAGCGAAUUAAUGAACUACGUGGGACAAUUAAUGGAUAGUACUGUUGCAAACGUUGAUGAUCUACUUCGGUGGAUCGUUCCCAGUGUUAACAGAGAGCAGAUUAAUGAAAUCAAGCUGCGAUCGUUCUUGUACUGCCUCAAUGUGGCGGCAUAUGAUUUAAGAUUCUGUGAAGAAUUGAAAUCGCUGUACGGUGAAUCAAAAGCUUUUGAAAACCAUCGUCGUUAUAUGAUCAAAUUUAUAGUUGAUUGGUGCCGUAAAGCACCGUGUACUCUAACUUCAGGAGCAAAGAGCACACAAUCAGUUGGCAGCCAACCAUUGAAUAAAAUUACUAAACUAGAUGCCCAAGAGAGCGCUUUUUUACGAGCCGUAAAAGAUGGUGAGAAAAGCCGUAUCACUCCUCAGCAUAGAACGUGGUGCAAAUUGUUUUUAGACUUCGACAUUGAAUAGGAAGUGUUUUUUAUACCUCUUUUAUUUACAGUAACGAACGUUAACCCUAGCACACACUGUUUUGUAUAGUUCCUAAUUUAUUAAGCAGCUAGAAAUACUCACCUCGGCCGUUCUUUGUACACCUACUGUGUUUUAGUCGACAAUCUUAUUUUGAAAAUGAUUUACUCUUACCAAUAUUGCGUUGAUUCUAUGAUUUCGUUGCUAUGUAUCAUUUAAAUUUAUCAUUAAAAAUUAACGUUUUUAAUAACAGUUCUCGAAAAUGCUGCAUUUGUUGGUUGUUAUAUGAGUAUUAUAUUGACAAAAAAUGUUUUUAUGAAUCACAGCUGUUUAUAAGAUGUAGAAGGAAAAGUCAUUAUAUUAAUGAUAGUUUAUUUUUCUACCAUUUUCAUUUAUCUAAUUCGAGUUAUUCAGCGAUAAUAAUAAUCUUAGUAUCAUAUCGCAAAAAGCAAUAAACCGUGUAUUGAGCCUUGUUGCUAUCGCCA